AUGAUUCGCCCCCGUCUUCCUCCCGCUGUUCUGCGUUCUUUUGUAUUUGUUGAGGAAGACGGGAAAGAAACCCCCGUAAAAGUUCCUGAGGGUUGUACAGUCUUAGAGGCUGCACAUUCAAAUAAUGUACCUAUAGAAGGUGCAUGCGAGGGUCAAUGCUCUUGUUCAACUUGUCAUGUAAUUCUUAGUGAUGAAUUAUUUGCGGCAUUAAAAACACCAACAGAAGAAGAAGAAGAUAUGUUAGAUCUUGCUGCUUGUCUUACAGACACGUCCCGCUUAGGUUGCCAGAUUCGUGUAAAUUCUUCUUUUAAUGGAGAGAAGAUUCGUUUGCCUCCAAUGACGCGUAAUUUCUUUGUAGAUGGAUAUAAACCCUCCCCUCAUUAG